AUGGAAAGACUCACGUCCUCCUCAUUCCCUCUCCUUGCCCUCCUCAUUUGGCUCACCUUCAUGGAAAAGACAGCAGCCUUUCCGAAUACGUGGGGGCGUGGAUUGGUGAUAAAUCGCCGCCCAGAACUGUACUUCGAUUCAGAGGUGGUAGACAAGGCCUACAUUCUCUGUUGGAUGGAAAUUCGAAAGGACAUUUUGGAAAGUCGAAUUAGGGGAUUUGAGCAAGGUAAACCUUACCGCCCCAAGUGGAUUCCCAUAGCAGACGGCCGUGCCUACUACUUGCCUUACUCGGAGCGGCAAAAACUCUCAUUGGGGGACAGGUGUCUUCUGGAGAAGGGUAUUCAGAUUGCUCGACUACUUAAAUAA